AUGCAGAGUCAUGGAAGUACAUUAUCAUUACCGACGAAUAUGCCAGCUGUUUUUUUGAAGGAAAUUACCCUUGAUUUCGCUACUGAGCGAAAACUUGGUGGCUCAGUAUUUGGAACAGUGUACAAGGUACAAGAAAACUGGAAGACAGAUGAACAAAUAAUAUACAAGUACCCAUUAUUAGAUGCAAAUGGCCUCCAGCAAGUAAAAACAUGCAUCUUAAUUGCGCUGAAGUGCGUGGAGGCUGAUCGGAACAAGAGACCUUCCAUAGUGGAUAUUGUUGAUAAGCUCAACGGGAAACGUAUGCUAAUUUUUGACCAGAUAUGGGCCGAUAGUUCAUCUCCAGAUGAGAUGACGCCCACGUCCUCUGUGCAGCUUUACGUUGACCCACCGCAGCUUCGCUUCCCCUUCAAGCAAAAUAAAUCGUUCUCAUGUCCACUGCGUCUAAUCAACAGGACAGACGACUACGUCGCUGCUAAGCUUCUCACGAACAACCCAAAGCGAUACGUCGCUGCUACGUUGCUGUGCGGAGUUGUGCCACCGCGGUCCACUUACACCCUUGUCGUGACAAUGAAGGGGCACGAGCAACUUCUUGCUGACGAAGUCCUUUCUCUAGAAAGCUGUAUUGUCCAUAAAGGCGUCAACGUCGAGAAUGCCGACCUACACUCAGUAGGUAUCACAUCAUUUAAGAACAUUUUUAAAGAAGCGAAAGGGUUGGGGGCUGACAAUGUGCAUGAGCACAAGCUCAAGGUUGUGUUUGACUUACCGAAAGAGGCAACUUUUGACCAGCCGUUCCAGUACGAAAUUGAGAUCAUAUCCAAUAAGAAGUUGUCACAGGUGUUGUGUGUGGAAGUGCAUCCAGUGGAGCCGUGGAUAAUGACGAGCCAUCAGGGGGGAGACAUUUAUAUUUGGGACUACCAGGAACAGGAAAUAGAGAGCUCCUUCGACUUUACACAGAGACCAGUGAGUUCAGUCAAAUUCAUUGAAAAAGAGGAAUGCCUUGUGGCUGGUGAUGGCGAUGGGAUUAUCUACGUAUACAGCUACGAUACAGACGAAAAGGUCACAAGCAUUGAAGCUCACGAGGCUAACAUCACGUCAUUGGUUGUACAUCCCACUGAUCCUCUUGUGCUCUCGUCGUCCGACGACCACCUGAUAAAGAUUUGGGACUGGAAGAAGGGCUGGGAGUGUAUUCGAACAUUAGAGGGCCACUCUGACACAGUGAUGCAAGUGGUUUUCAACCCAGUGGACACCGACAGUUUUGCCAGUGCAUCCUUGGACCAAACAAUCAAGAUCUGGAAUAUAUCUUCUUCUAAGUGCAAGAAAACACUGUCUGAUCAUCUGGUCGAACUGCCUUGUGUUCUAACCUACAUGGGUGAUACUGGACAGUGUUUGGUUGCCGGCUCUUCGGAUGGGACAACACAAAUCUGGGACUUGGAGACAGAAACAUGUGUUCAGACACUCGAAGGGCACACAGACCGUAUCUCUUCUGUCUAUCGUCACCCAGAACUUCCGUUACUACUCACAGGUUCACAUGAUGGGACUGUCCGCACAUGGAACUCCGAUACAUACAGGUAUAAAGCAUUGCCUGUUUGCUGUAUGAUCUCUGUGCAGUAUAAUAAAGGAUUUGAGAAAAACUUCCCAAUACUUUUCAAACCACGUGAAAAUAAUUAA